AUCAUGGUGAGGUGCAGUUGUAGAAUGGUCUAGGCACAUCUAGAUUACUGAGUAAAAGUGGUGUGAGACCUGGUUGGUAUGAUCAAGCGUUGUGCGUGGACUGAUAAUCUCUGCCAUGUGUCCAGAGCCAAUGCCGCCUCAAGGUAAAAGCACCUUCCUUGAUCGUGAGGCUUCAAUAGAUAUAAGUACGUCCGUAGAACUGCUGGAGACAUCUGAAGACUCCUUUGUUUCGCAACCAACCCCAAUCACCAUUCAUACUCCAUUCUUCCGGCAACAUCAUGGGUAUUGGCUCCAAGAUUGCGUCCAUCGUUUUCCGAGCGAACGAGCUGUUCUCAGCUGCUAUAGUCGUCGGCAUACUUGGCCACUUCCUGAGCAUUGUUGACGACGCCAAUGGAUCUGCUAAUGGUAAAGUCGUCUAUGCUAUGGUCAUCGCAUCUCUGGCCUUGCUAUUUUCCAUUGUCCUGAUGGUUCCACUCUGGUGUACCUUUCGCGCGUUCCCUCUCGACUUCAUCAUGUUUCUGUGUUGGAUGGUUGCUUUUGCUCUGCUGGUGAAUCUCACAGGAACGAAUGCGUGCUCCAGUAAUUGGUACUACAGUUACUGGGGCUACAAUUGGGGUCGCUAUUAUCGGACGCCUGUUGUCACAUCAGCAAGUGUCAUCAACAAUGCAGGUUGUGCAGAUUGGCGAUGCGUCCUUGCUUUCAGUUUCAUAAGCUCCAUGUUCUGGCUCGCAAGCUCUCUCUUGGUACGUCAUUCGACUGAAUACUUGAUUAAUAAUGCUGAGUUUACGAUUUGAUAGGGUAUUUUUGUUUGCGAGCGUGAACGCCAUAGAUUGCAAGAACUGGGCGGACGAUCCGGGUACGUUAUCCAGUAGCCUGACUUUCUGCUUUGUGUCUAAUCUUUGUCAGCAAUACUUGGUGGAGCAAGGAAAAAUAUACGCCUCCUCUGGAAAGUCCUGAAAUGAACGAUGAUAACGUCCCGAGGGCUGGAAAUUGAUGAACAUCCUCUCGAGCAGGAGAGAAUCUCAUAGGAAACUCGAGUGGGACUCUUCCGGCGAAAGAACAUGUAUCAAUCUUACCUCUUGUGCUGUGGUGAACAACAUUGACUACAUCUUUUAUCUGCUAAAAUCUACCUAAUGGCUGUCAGAGUUGAUUAUAUGAUGUGUUAUGGAUGCGCUCAUAAUACUGAAAAUUUGAAGAUUGCAAGAAAUACCAGCUUGCCCGACAU